ACUCACAAUAUCACGUGAUCAUGAUAGGCGAUAGGCCAUCAUGUUUCCAUAUCGGGCUGGUGUUCUUAUCCCCUUUCACUCAUAUGCUCAAAUAUGGCAGCGCCUUACAGUCGUAUUCUGGACCUUGCCAAGGUAUUACCUCUGGCACAGGCUGUGUCUUUCUGUGCAACCGAGUUUGAACUGAUGUUAAUGCUGGUCCCAGGUCCAAUGUCGUAUCUUUUCACUUAACUUUAAUCCUCAAAGGUUACGACUGGGAAACAAGAUUCUUCGACAGCGACUCCGCGGCCCAACACUAGCAGAAUGGUAUCCGAAAAAGGCUGUUUCUUUCCGUGAUUUACAAGACAGUUACAAGCCUCUCGGCUUAACCACGUUCGAUGAAGCAGAGGAUGACAGAGAGGAAGCGAUCCAAAUGUAUGUGAUACUUGCUCCUCUAUUACGGAUGUGCUCAUAAUUACGAACUAGUGCGAAGCUUCGAGGAAAGGGCCGGCCAAAGAAAAAGAGAACAGCCGCUGAAUCGAGAUCCGCAAAGAAAAAGAAAUAGAGAGGAAAGGACAGACAGUACCUCCUAUGUUCUCAUGUCAGAAAUAAUAAUCCUGAAAUCUUCCUGUAUCAUAUCUCACGUUGGAGCCCACAUGGGCGUAAUUUCGUUCUUCAUCAGAUUUAUGCUGGGAUGUUUACAGAUGCUCGUUGCUCGCCCUUUAUGUUUGCGAAGUCUUCGCUCGGUCCGAUCUGAAAUAUUUGGAAAUAUACAUGGCUCAAUGGGGGUUGAACUCCAAAAAGAUGGCCUCUGUAGACUUGGGUGUGCCAUGCAACGUAAUUUUCCUUAAUCUCCAGGAUGUUUUCCCAGUGUACACUCUACACUCCCAUGGGUUUCUUACCGGAUCAGAAGAACACAAAGGCUACGUGGACUUGAUUUUGGAAAUCAGGGAUGGUAUAGUGGAUCACUCGUUCAUCUGAUUAAUAUUAAAUAAUGAGCGUUCUUCGCCUUACUGGUUAUAUGUAACAAGCCCUGUCGCCCUGCAAUAAGCUAACUAAA